CUUCCAUCUGCCUUUCCUUCUCCUCCAAAAGCAGGCUGCGCACUGAGAAGGUGGCAACUUUGAAAACCAGAAAAGAUGGAUAGCAAUUCAAUCUCUGAACCCAAAUCCAAUGGAGUGAAGAAAGCAGGAGCCAGGAUCAUUGUGGAUGACAAUGAUGAGGGUCUUAGUCCAACCGACCUGUCUGAGAUGUUAGCCGAGGGCACCAAGGACUCCCAUGAUCGAGCAGAGAACUGUCAGUUCGUCAAAGAUUUCCUCAGGGGUCGCAUCAUCAAGGAUGUGUUUAAGAGAGGCACAGCAGCUUUGUACUUCGUCUAUUCAGCGAUGGAGGAGGAGAUAGAGAAGAAUAAGGAUCACCCUCACAUCGCUCCAAUCUAUUUUCCUGCGGAGUUGCACCGUCGCGAGGCACUGGCCCGGGACCUGGAGUAUUUUUAUGGAGCAGACUGGGAGAGCCAAAUCAGCCUCUCUGCAGGCACCAAGCCUUACGUGAACCGGAUCCACGAGGUGGGAGAGGCAGACCCGGUUCUGUUGGUGGCCCAUUCCUACACCCGCUACAUGGGGGAUCUCUCAGGAGGACAGAUCCUGAAGAAAGUGGCCCAAAGGGCUCUGAAGCUGCCUGCAUCGGGAGAGGGUCUGAACUUCUACCAGUUUGAAGGAAUCACCAGCCACAGGGGCUUCAAGCAGCUCUACCGCAGCAGGAUGAAUGAGCUGGAGCUGGACCUGGAGGCCAAACAGAGGAUUGUAAAUGAGUCCAACAGGGCGUUUGAAUUCAACAUGAUGGUCUUCUCAGAGCUCGAGGAAAUUGGAAACUCCAUCAAAGAGGAAGUCCGAGAGGACGGCUUUGGGCAUGGUCAUGCAGAGCUCGUUCAAGAGGGUGAUUUCAACAAGUGCCCGUACUAUGCAGCGAAAAUGGCUGCAAAUGGGAAUCCAACCUAUGCCUUCCAGUUAGCCAAGACGCUUGUGGGUCAUCUGCCCUGCCAGGUGGCGCUGGCUGCCUGGGUUGCCAUCUUUGCUGGCUUUACAGCCUGGUACCUUCUGUAAGCUCAGACAA